AUGAUAAACUUUUUAAGCUUUAAAAAAAAACUUUUUUUCGGAUUUGUCAUUGUGCUUUUAAUUGAUAUGAAUCAGCUUCAACUUUUCGCUUUGGAUCAAUAUUUUGUUAUUUCUUUGGUACUUUGGAUGGUCUACUUUAGAUCGGUUUUUUUUCUCCUUUUUUUUGUAAAUAUCGGUAGAUUGAAUGAUCGGCAACAUCUUCGAUUUUGGGUCUGCUCUUUAGAUAAGUUUCAAAUUGAAGAUUAUGGAUGUAUUGACGGUAAUUUAUGGUUUCAUCUUCACCCGCUAACAAUUGUUGAUUAG